GUAUUUUUAUUCAUUAUUCUUAUUCGUAAUAAAAUAAAAACGACACGAAAAAGUUACAAGUUUAUUAUUCCGAUAUGUUAAAAAAUAUAACGAAUUUGCGUGUGACAACUCAUAUAAAAUACUUAACUCGACUAUAUUCCGCUAAUCCAGAACCGCAAAGAACAAUAUCAAUUGGAAAUAAUACAUAUAACACCGACAAUUGGACCAAUGUCACCCCAAAAAUAUUAAGUUACUUAGGGGCUAAUAAACAUCUUCAAAAAAAUCAUCCCUUGUCGAUAAUUCGACAACGAAUUGUUAAUUACUUUUACAAAUCCUACACUAAUACCCGAGGCAAUCCUCUGUUUAGUGUGUACGAUAAUUUAGACCCGAUUGUAACAAUUCAACAAAAUUUCGACAACUUAUUGAUCCCAUCGAAUCAUCCCAGCCGAGCCAAGUCGGAUUGCUAUUAUGUAAAUAAACAAUUUCUCCUGCGAGCACAUACGACAGCCCAUCAAGUGGAUCUAAUCAAAUCUGGGUUGGACAACUUUCUUGUCGUGGGAGAAGUCUAUCGGCGGGAUGAGAUAGAUUCAACACACUAUCCAGUGUUUCAUCAACUGGACGCUGUUCGCUUGCUGAACAAAGAUCAACUAUUUGAAAAAUAUCCAGAGUUGGAGAUCUUUGAACUGAAUUCUUCCACUUUAGGAUCUGUGCAAGCGAGUUCCAAGUGUAUUGAUCAAUCCAAGCAGCCUUGUCAUACACUAGAGGCAUUAAAACUUACUGAGCAUGAACUAAAGCGAAUUCUUUUGGGAUUAGCGAAGGAUCUUUUUGGUGAGAAAAUCGAGUACCGCUGGGUGGAUCAGUAUUUCCCAUUUACACAGCCUUCAUGGGAGUUGGAAAUAUUCUACAAAAACCAAUGGCUAGAGGUUCUGGGAUGUGGAAUCAUCAGAAAUGAAAUCCUUCGGAAUGCCGGCGUACAUAACUCAAUUGGUUAUGCCUUUGGGCUGGGAUUGGAACGCUUAGCAAUGGUACUCUUCGAUAUCCCCGAUAUUCGUCUAUUCUGGAGUAACGAUUCUGGAUUUCUAAGCCAAUUUGAUGAAACAAAUUUGGAAAAGCUGCCAAAGUACAAGCCGGUAUCUUCUUAUCCCCAGUGCUCAAAUGAUAUUUCGUUUUGGCUGCCGGAGGGUAUGGGAGUAGAUGAUUUCCUGCCUAAUGACUUUUAUGAUCUAGUGAGGAAUGUAGCCGGAGACGUUGUUGAACAAAUUCGUUUGGUGGAUAAAUUCAAACACCCGAAGACUGGAAAGAGCAGUUUGUGCUUUAGAAUUGUUUAUAGGCAUAUGGAACGAACGUUAACGCAAGCGGAAGUCAACCAGUUACACAAGAAAAUAGCUGAUGAAUCUGUUAAUUUGUUUAACGUUAAGAUUAGAUAAUUUGAAGUAAGA